AUGUCUCUCGUGGCGUCGGCCUUCGAUGCGACAGGGCAGUACUACGCGAGCGUGCAGGUGUCACUCGACUCGCACACUCUCAGGGUCCAGAGCUCCAGCGAUAUGGCCGAUGAUUUCUCCAAUGUGUAUCCGUUUGAGAAAGGUGUCAAGAUCCGAGCUCUCACAUGGAUCCAGACCCCUUCAGAGGUGUCGAAGGGUGUCAAAAAGAGACGGAUGGACGCCUCUUUGGAAGACCAGCUGAUAGCACUCUGUUUGGAAAACGGCGCUGUUCAUAUAUAUUCUCCAAGCAGAAACGAGAUUGUUCACAAGCUAGCUACUUCUAACCACAUAACCACCUCAGACUUCCACCACAAUGCGCAUUCCAACGUGGCGUACAGUUGCGAUAUACAAGGAAAUCUGUACGAGUUUAACCUCAAAAGCUGGCAGCUUUCCAAGACACAUAGACCAUUGAGCGAAGAGACCACCCUGACUCGUCUGGCAACAGCAGUAUACAACGAUCAGCCACAUCUUGUUCUUUGCUCGCACUCCACGUACUUGGUGGAUCCCGCUGACAACUUUGCGGUUGUCAAGACUCUUCCCGGACACGUUUCUCCUAUACAUACGGUUCUCAACUAUGGUGAUGAUAUAAUUUUCACUGCUGCGCAGGGCGAUCGGUUCAUUAAUGCCAUUUCCAUUUCAAAGGGCACCACCGUCGGAGUCCUGGUUGCCGAGGAGCCUGUUUUGUCGAUAGCGAUUGCGGACAAUGGGUUUGAUAUGGCUAUGUUGGCUGCUACCACCGAGUCGGGAGCCAUUGAAAUAUUCAACAGUCCACUCCAGAAACAGGAGAAAACCGCUGAAUCCGCCAGCUCGCCGUACAAGCGCAAGAAGAAAACAGUCAACACACAGAAAAGCGACGCCAAGAUCACUGUCGCUCGGCCUGCGUCAGAGGUUGCAGAAAACCUUCCAAUUCAGGGCGUUUCUAUAGGCCAAAAGCACCUCACUUUGACUUGGCUUGAGGAUUCUAGCGUUCCAUUUUUUGAUGCUAUUGACUGGUGGGUCUUAGCGGAAGAUGGGACGAAGAAUUACAAAAUAGACGAGGACGUCAAGCUGGAAAAGCCAAAGCCUAAUCUCAAAUUUUCUCAGUUUUCCAAGUAUGGCCACGACAUUGCCGCUCCAAAAACUUACAACGAGAGCAACGCGGUAGUGUCGUCGGGAGACAACCUAAGAGAUCUUGAAACUGCCGAGGAGGAUGACGAAGACGAGAUUUCUCUCGCAGAGAGGCUGCGAGCCAUACAAACGAACGGCCACGGAAAUGCUGCUGAGAAAACCGGAAGAGCCUCGACGGGAACUUUGACAACUGUGUUGUCGCAGGCACUCAAGUCGAACGACCAUUCUCUCCUGGAAAGCGUGCUGAACAACAAGGACGAGACGGUGAUCCGCAACACUAUCUUAAAGCUGGACUCGAUCUAUGUUGGCCCGCUUUUGGACAGGCUGGCAGAGAAGAUUGCCCGGAACACCAAUAGACAGACAAAUUUGGCCUACUGGGUCAAGCACAUUUUGAUAUUCCAUGGCGGAUCGCUACAGAAUUCGCCCAGCUUGAACUUGCUGGCUACCACAAUGAAAAGAAAAGCAGGAAAUUUAGACAGACUUUUAGAGCUCAGAGGCAAGCUAAGCAUGAUGACAGACAGACUCGAGCUCAAACGAGAGCUGGUAGGCCUCGAGACUCGCGACGAGGACGAGGAAGACGCGGACGUUGAGUACAUUGAGGAGCUGGACGACGCGGGUCUGCUGAGCAGCGAGGAGGAAGAAGAGGACGACGAGGACGUCGACGAGGACGAGGAUGACGCAAUGGCAGAGGAAGACGUCUCAGACGACCAGAAUAGUGACCUGGAAGUCGAAUCGAACGGGAGAAAAAUAGACCUUAGCGACUCUGAGGAGUCGUCGUAA